AUGGCUGAGGAAGCCAUAAGUGUGAGCAGCACCUCCCCAACUGCUAUGUCACCUGAGAUCAGGCGAAGAAGCAGGUCCAGGAUACAGAGGUUCACCCCCAAAUGUUCCCCUUCACAGCCACGUUAUCUGUUCCUGUCAGCUAUGGUUGCAGGCACAGAUAAAAUCUGGAAGGAUCCAAGUAAUCACUGUAAAGUUAAAGAACAUUAUUUGGCUAAACCAUCAUUCAUUUAUCAUGGCAAGAGCUGUGCUAUAACUGAGAAAUAUACACACCAGAAAUGGAAAGACCAAUCUGAUCUGAGGACUCAUUGCUUCACAGCUGGCAUGAAGUUGGAGGCAGUAGAUCCAAGAGAGCCCUUUUCUAUCUGUCCUGCCACAGUAACCAAGGUUUUUAAUGACCAGUAUUUUAUGAUCACAAUUGAUGAUUUGAGGCCAGAUGCUCGUGAAAACUCUGUUCUUUGCCAUGCUGAUUCACCAGGAAUCCUUCCUGUUCAAUGGUGCCUUAAAAAUGGGGUCCAUCUCACUCCACCCAAGGGAUAUCCUGGCUUAGACUUUGACUGGGCUGAUUAUCUUAAACAGUGUGGGGCAGAGACACUUUCUCAGUACUGCUUCAGAAAUACUUCACUCAGUCGAGGUUUUACCAAAAAUAUGAAGUUGGAGGCUGUUUCCCUCAGUAACAUGGCAGAAAUAUGUGUUGCUUCAAUCACGAAAGUAAAAGGUCGAUUAAUGUGGCUUCACCUUGAAGACUCUAAGAGAUCUGUCCCCGAAUACAUUGUUGAUGUAGACUCAAUGGACAUUUUCCCAGUUGGUUGGUGUGAAGCAAAUGGAUAUCCAUUAACCCCACCAUAUCGUGCAGUCUGUCCAAAGCAGAAGAAAAUUGCAAUAGUUCAACCAGAAAAACAACUUCAUGCCAUACCUGUGGAACCUGUCCCUCAUGAGUCUUGCCCUAUAACAUCAGAAGCUGGCACUACCAAUGGCAAGUACUGCUGUUCCAAAAUAUAUUUCAAUCAUCGCUGUUUCUCAGGUCCAUAUCUCAACAAAGGACGAAUAGCAGAACUUCCUCAAUCAGUUGGACCUGGAAAAUGUGUACUUGUUCUGAAAGAGGUUCUUAAUCUGUUAAUUAAUGCAGCCUACAAACCAGGCCGGGUGCUCCGGGAAUUGCAGCUUGAAGAUGACCCAGAGUGGAAUUGUCAGGAAGAGACACUGAAAGCCAAGUACAAAGGGAAAACAUACAGAGCAAUUAUGAAAAUUGUAAGGACAGCAGAUCGGGUUGCAGAUUUCUGCAGAAGGACUUGCAUGAAGUUAGAAUGCUGCCCAAACUUGUUUGGACCGCUCAUGGUUACUGACAAAUGCCCUGAGAACUGCUCUGUUCACACAAAAACAAAAUACACUUAUUACUAUGGAAAAAAGAAGAAAAUCAUCAGACCUCCUGUUGGAUAUGGCAACAUAGAAAGCAACAAUAAAAAACCCACUAAACGCAGGAAAAAACGCAGGUCUUGCUUUGUCCAAAAGAAAAAGCGCUCAUCCACAUCAGUGGAUUGUGCUCCACAGGAAAAUGGAGAGGAGAAGGAAGAUGGACAAGAUAUGAUAGAGGAUGAAACUGGAAGUGAUGGAACAAGCUCUGAGCAGCGUGAUGAUCAAACGGAUACAUCUUCUGAGUUGCCUGAUGUCAAACCAAAACGUUUACGGCGGCUGAGAUCAGCAUCAGAGCUACCUCAGCCUCACAUAGUAGACAGGGCAAAGCGAAAGAGAAGGGUGCGGACAUCGUCACUUUCAGAGGAUGAUAAAUAUGAUUCACUCAAAUGCUCAGCACCAAAGGAAAUUAGGCAAAAUGAAGAUGAUAAACUUGUGCUGGAAAGUAAUCCGUUGGAAUGGUCAGUGGCUGAGGUUGUCAGAUUUAUUAAGUCCACAGACUGUGCACCUCUUGCAAAAAUAUUUCAGGAACAGGACAUUGAUGGCCAAGCACUACUACUGUUGACGCUGCCAACAGUCCAGGAAUGUAUGGAGCUCAAACUUGGCCCUGCUAUCAAAUUAUGUCAUCACAUUGAGAGAGUGAAAAUUGCAUUCUAUGCACAGUAUGCUAACUGACUUAGUUUGUCACGAUUCAUUUUAACCUAUUUUGCUCAGAAUUGUUCCAAAAUGAGCACUGGAUAGGUUCAGCCUUGACACAAUGGAUGGAUAUUCAUCUGAUAACUUGCCAGCCAGAUAAAUACUGUGAAAUAAACUUAGUGAGUCUUUGUUUGCUGCUCACAUUGAGUGAUAUGAUCAAAAUUAAGUAAUUUGUUAAUAUAACUGCAAAAGGGCCCCUUUUACGUGAAGAUGGAUGCUACACGUAUUUGAACAGAAUCAGUCAUUGAUGGGCAAGUAAUGAAAAUACAAUCAUGUGAACCAUUCAGAUUUGGAUGGAAAAGAGAAAGUAUCCCUUGAAGAUUCGUCGUUUAAAAGGCUUUUGAGAUUUGCUGAGUCUUCAUGCUUAAAGCCCCAAUUACCUUAAGAAUGAUAGCACGUACACAUUGGAAACAACAGACAAUAAACAAGCCUGGGCCUGGAGGUACUGAAUAUACUUCUGACAACAGUCCAUCAAUGUGUUCAGUUGAACAAUCUUUCCUUACAAUACUCCAGUUCACUUUGAUUUGGUUGUGUUUUAUAUUUUGCUAGUUGAUUUUUGAAUGUUAUCAACAUGAGUUAUUAGGAGAAUGUUUAACUACCGUGACACUGCUGUUUAGUUUAGAAUUUGGAACAAAACAGCAUGAAGGAGUAAUUUUGCUGCCCGUUAUUGUGCGGAUUUCUUUAAGUCUGUCAUCAUUUGCAGCCAAAAAAGUGCUUCAGUUCAGGCUGCCGGAUGUUUAAAGUGAUCAGCACUGUCUUUAAUUAGCUGGAGCAGAAUAUUACAAACCAGAAUUGAGUGUAACAUUUCCCUGCAGGAACGCUUUGAAUGAAUACUGUCUUAAAAUGAUGAGGUUCCAAUACUGGCACAAUAUGAAUUAUCCCAAAGAAAAUUGAAAAGUUGUAAAUGGCUUUACAUAAAGGAAGGAAAGCCAGGUUUGAGGAGGACGUUGUGAUCUACCAUCCUAAACUCCAACUGUUUCAAACUUAAAUAUUGAUAACUUGAAGUGAUUCACUGUUACUACGCUGCAAUGUACAAGUGAUGAGGUGUUUUCAAACAACACUGCAGUGAUGUUGCAUUUUUAUAUAUGCUUUCAAACCAAUUUCAGUUUCAACAUCUAAAAGACAAGGUCUGUUUUGUGGUAGACAUUUGCGAUGAAUUGAAUGAUUUGAUUGAAUAUUUGGAUCAUAUUUUGGGGGAACACCACAGGUUCUAGACAAUUUACAGCAAUGUUUGUUUUAAAACUUUUUGUUAGAGAGAUCAUACCUGCUAAUGAUGGGACUUUCUUGGGAACGGAGACCAGCUUUGUGAAGAACAUUUUCAUAUUUUCUUACAUCUAAUGAUUUCUUAUCAAUGUGUGGCAUAAUAAUCAAAUGAGUCAACAUAGACAGUACUGUAGAAUAUCAAAAUCAGGUGCAAGACACCUACCAAUUUCAUGUCGUCCUUUAAUGGACUAAAAAAUCCAAUUUAAAAAUUUAUGCCACACAGAGUAUCUACAUUUGAUCAUUUCGUCUGCACAUUAAAGUUAUUAAGCUCCUGAAGUUACUGUCACAAUAUAUCCAUAUUUCACAGUGAGUUGCCAUUUAGAGUGCAAUGAAUCUGAAAUGUUUGGAACAUAUUUACUCCUUAAAGUAAUUCACAAUUUAUUAUAAUUAAAUUGUGAUGCAUUUUAUGCAUCGAAUGUUCAGACAUUAUUUUUCUUUUAACCUACCAAUUUGUUUUCUAAUCCUUUUUCCCAAGCAAAAAAAAUGUAAAAAGACAUUUUUGGAACAAUGACAACUAUUGUGUAUACAGUACUAGACUCUUUAUAGUCCCAUAAGGAUUCAAUUUUAAAGAAAGUUCUAGACAUCAGAUUUCUCUACCAAAGGCCAUUUAAUAUUGAGAAUGUUGCUGGCACUUGACACCUCUUGCCUAAGUGCAGCAGUGAUUGAAGAGCACAAUGUUGGUCCUUAACUCUUUCUAGUCAAAGAUAUUUGCUGUCAUAAAGGUUAAUUAAGAAUCAACUUUACUAGAUAUUUCAGGUAAUCUGCUCAUCCAAUUCUCUGUGUAUGCCAUUUUACAAUGUACAUGUAUUUGUACGCAUUCAAAGAUGUAUUUGGUGUUUCUGCCUAGAAUCAGUGCAGUAACCUUACUAGCUCGUUUUAAAGUGAGCAACUAUAUGGUUGAUCUGAAGGUGUUGAAUGACAGACUGGCCCCAUGUUCCAGUAAGCCACACGCAGACUUACCAUAAAUCACAGAAAUUCAAUGUGACCUACUGCUUCCCUUUCCAUGACGUGGAAACAAAUCUUUGGGUUAAAAUGUCCUGGAGGACAACAAAGUUGAGAACAAAAGAACACCAAAAUAAAUCUUUAAACAUUACACUCUGUUUUGUGGUAUGCACACUAUUUCUACAGUAAAAUCACGUUGCACAUACAGUUUCUAUGUGAAUUCUUAAAAAGUACAAGUUUGAAAAUCUAAUGUUAAAUUUCCUAAUUACUGUCAUGCUGGAUAUUCAAAUGUAAAAAUAAAAGCAUAUGGAGUACUAGUAAUUAGUCAUUUUUUUCACUCGUAAUAUUUUAAAAUUUCUUGUGUAGAAUUUUGAGUGACAAAUACCUUUUUUUAUUUCAAAAACAUCAUGUUACAAUAAAAAUACUGUGCAGUAAUCUAAAAUGAGAUAAAUUCUUUGUGAUUUUUUUCCCCACAUAUAAAAAAUUACAUUUGUUAUACUGUACUGUGAUUUACUUUUUUAAUGAGCUCUUUUGCAAUCUCUAACAAAUGUUAUUAUCCUACACUAAAUAAAAAAGAUUUGGCAUAUCUUCAUGUUUGGUAAACCACUCACGCCUGGAUAUGGCUUUAAGUACAGAUGAUGCUUACGCCGAUUAGUUUGUCUGAGCAUAAAGAAACAAAAAUCUUUGGAAUUGAACAUGCUUUUAAGUUGGUUUUAUUUUUUAAAAAUGCAAGGCAAAAUAUGGAGAAAAGGCUUUAAAAUAGUCAGCUCGAUUCUUAAUAACAUGGAAACAAACUUUAACGAUGAUCUCUACAGCUACCAAACAGCAGAUCAGUAUUGGGAAGAUUUAAUUUUAAAAUGUACGUUUUCUUUCAGAAGAAUUCACAUUGAAAACAUGUGAAACAGCUGUACAGAAUGCAACUAUUAUAAAGGAGUCAGUAUCAAUGGAAGUGUACUUCAUUUUAUUGUGUACACUGAGACAAGGAAUACAUUAAUUAUGUUAAGAACAUAAGCAAUUUCAUAGCUGUAAGGCUCUCUGUUGACUAAUGCUGGUAUCACGUCUACAGGGACUGCUAUUUGCCCACAGAAGUGCCUCAGCGAACCUUGUGCCUGUAUUAGAAUGACAUUCGUAAGAUUGUCUGUAGAUGUGAUGUUGGAUUCCUUGGGAAUUAUGUGAAAUGGGCCCUAUUCGGUAUCUUUAAGAUAUAAACAUGGUUAAUAAGCUGGCAAAAUAACUUUUUAUCUGUAUUUUCAAAAAAAAAGGCACUAAGAAAGAAAAUCGUAACUGUAAAUUGGAACAACAUAAAAAACAAAUGAUUUUAUUCCUUUCUAAUAUAAAGUGUAACGUCUGACUUUCCUCUGUUGUCAUUCAGCUCAAUGACAUCAUUCUGCUACAAUGUUUUUCUAUAUCAGAAUAGGGAAAUACCCUAAAUAAUUAUGUUAAUUACUAUCAGCAAAUUAAUUAGCUGGAUUUUCACGAGGUUAAAGUCAACACCACUAUGCAAGAAAUAUUCAGGAAGAAUAAAACCAUUGUAAACACUUGGAAGAUUUGAUUAAAUUCAACUUCAGCAAGAACAUGAAAUGGGUGGCAGUGGAUCACAAGUUUUCCAUUAACACAAAUGGGAGGAAUAAGUAGGCAGGUGUAUAAUGGCUGUCCAAUCAAAUACUGCCCAAUUUAUGCCCUACCAAAGUUGAAUUUUCAUCCCAUUGGUAUUAAAGGUCUUGAUGUACGUGUUGCAGAGCAAUUAUUGCAUUUUGUUUAUCUUACUUCUGUAUGGACUUACAGUUUGUAAAAGGGGUAAGAGAAUUGCACAUUCCAUUUUAAUGUGUAUAUGGUGUUCUAUUGUUGUAUUUUUUAAACAGAGUACAUAUAUCAGAGUGUUUUUUUCCCCCAGAUCAGUAGAAUCAUGUGCAGAUGACACUGAGGUAAUAUGUGGAGCUGUGCAUUGUAAUUGGUUAUCUUGCAUGUUAUACUUAAUAAAACUGUAAUAAAUAUUGCUGUUGCUGCUUAAUUUCUGAAGGACAAUAUUACUGCUUUGUUAACCAACUCAUUCUUUAUACAUUUUGUAUAUAUUUUGAAGAAUUAACCCUGCGCUAUUGACAUGUUACAGCCUUCAAGUAUCAUGUACAUGUUUCUGAAGAUUGUUUAAUUCAUUAAGAUACAUUAGUUCCUUUGCCAGAAUCUAAUGUUUGUACAAACAAGAAACCCAGAAAAAUAUACUGACCUAUUUUGAUGCUAUUACAUUUAGUCAAUUGUAAUUUCAGUGAACAUGUUACAAAAAUUUGUCAAGAGAUUGUGAUAUAUUGUAGAAAAUGUUGUGUGAUUUUCAAUAGUGAUUCCUUGUAGACCAGUAUGGUGGAUACUAUCUUUUAAAAAAAAAUAAAACACCAAAGACUUACUACAAUACUCUUUCAGGCCCAAUUUCUAAGUUAUGAAUGGGCUAAUUUGUGUUUUCUAAGACAUCUUUUGUUACUAACAUGUCUGUUCGGCUGGUUGGAAUUUAAGAUUAUUUGUAAAUGGGAAGUAUUAGUGAUCGCUUUCUAACUAAACCGACUGACAGAACCAAGGGCACAAAAAUUUAACUAUUCACAAGUAAGCACAAACACUGGCUAUUUGUGCGAUUUGAUGAUUACAGAAGUUAUCAAUGCAUUGAUGUAAAAUCAAGAAACUUGCUGCCAUUAUUAAACUGAGAUGUAGAUCAUUACUCGAACUGCAACACGCAGUUGUGGUGGUGUGAUAGAUUAUUUCCUGAAAUAAUGCUAAUUGUUAGUAGCGUGUGGUUUUAUGUCAGGUUAGCUAUGAUUUUUCAGCACUGAAAAAUAAAGGUCUCAAAGGCAAUAGAGGUGUGGAAAACAAAAUAUGCAGCAUUUGUAUGAGGGAAUUGUUUUAAUAUAAAGAUGCAAAAUCAUGUUUAAAUUGUCUAAUCACUUUCUAAGCUUAGAUUAAAACUAAUGAAUUUUAUCUGAUUAUUUGUGCAUUUAGCGCUGCUAGGGUCUUCACAUUAGCAGUUUCAGACAACCCUCCUCCCACACCUUUCAAUGCAUGUAUGUAGUUCCUUAGAACACAUUUGUUGCUGACAACUUUUUGCUAAAUUAUCUUGGACACAAAAGAGGCUAUAUGAUCAGCGUGCAGCCUUUGUACUUUAUCAUACCUCAGAAAUUCACCAGGAGGUACUCGACUUGUUCACUGUAUUUUUUAUGACAAAAAAAAAGUGAUUUUGGCUUGAAGCUAUUGGGUCAUCGAAAUUGUGAUCAUUUGGAGAUUGUAAUUGAAAGUGAUACUGUGCAUCGCUGAGAAACAGUGUUUGAUUUGAACAACUGUCUUAUUUAUGUAUCACCUACAAAUGUAAUAUAAGAACUUUUUUAACUGAAAGGAAUGCAUCUUGAAGGAGGGGAAAUAAUUAGUAAAAUCCUUGCGAUGCAUUCCUUGCAUACUGUUCUGUUUUUGCUUCUGGGAUGGAAGCCUGAAUUUUCUGACCAGCAUUGUUGCAAUGCUGGGCUUAUUAACAUGAGUAUUGAAAUAAGUUGGAAUAGAAAAUUUAGGUUAAAAUGGCCUGAAUUUGCAUAUCUUUCUUCCUCGCAAUUGGUACUGAGCUCGAAGCAGAUAUUCUGCACAUUGAAUAAAUUCCUUUAGCUUGCAAACUAAUUUUAAUUUUCUUGUUUGAAAUGCAGUUUCUCUGCUACAUUCCUUGAUUUGUUUUCUGCUUGCCUGCAUAAUGAGGUUACUGGCCCAACAAGUUGAAGAGCGUAUUCUGUAUAUACGUUUUCAUGUAAAUAAUAAAUAUAACCUUUAAUCAGAGCUAUAUUUUGUUUUUAACAUUACCCUUUUUAUGUUGCAAGAUGUCUUAAUAAAAAUUGAAACAAAUGA